UUGGCUUCUCCUCAUCAAGUAUGUUUUAGUGGUUUAUUCAUUAUGAGAUUCUAUCUGGUCUACAAAAAUCAUGGCCUCUACGACCCUAUGCCCGAUGACACCGAAGAUAUCUACGUACCAAAUGAUUUAGACCAAGAAUCUAACCUUCAAGAAUUAGGUCGCAAGCAAAUUGACUCCACCGAGCCCGAUGAAUACACUGAAAAAUCACAAACUUCUAAACCCUAUAGGCCUUAUACGGCUGGAAAUUUAGAAGACCCUUUAAUAUUAAACCUUAACUACAAAGAUGUGUUUCCAGAACUCAACCUUGAAGAGUUACCUCCGCAAAUUAAAUAUAAACUACCUGUCUCUGAACAUUACGACCCCGAAGGCAAGUUGGUUAAACGGCAAGAAUUAUAUGAUGCAAAAAUCAGGAAAGUUACCAAAGACUUAAAAGACGAUGUAUUCCAAGUUAAAAAUGAGGCUUCGGAAAAGGAAGUUUGCGAUAAAAGUUUGUUUGAAAAAAAUAAAACGAGUAAAGAACAUAAAUAUCUAAAUAUAUUAGAAGAAGAAACUGAGCUACGUAAAAUAAAACAAACUGCUUUGAGUGUCAUAGAAGAAAGCAUAAGUAAAGCAGUUUCUGUGGCUAAUGAAUUAAAAUAUAAACCAGGUGUUAGACUAAGCGAGCCUUUACAAUGUAAAGAAAACAGAAUUUCAUCGGAAACACAAAAACAAUUCAUGCGAACGGAGAAUAAAAUGUUUGAACAGUCAAAUAAAGAAAAAGUAAAAUCAGAAAGUAAAAAAGUAUCCUUCAAAGAUGAUUAUCGGAUACACGAAACAGAAAAAUCUUCAGAUGGGGCAACUAAAAGAGAAAUGCGCGUUGCAGAUGAAAUUAAGAAGUUUGAGACAUUUGACAUACAAAUGCAUUCGAAAAUAAAUGAAGAAGAAAGAAAAUUAUUAACCCAACAAGAUAUUGACGAAUCUAUAGAAGCCGGCACGGUCCGUCAGAGAACUGGAAUGUUUAAGCCGGGCAGUGAGAGUACAAUGACAAAUAAGCAGGACAAAAUGGAAAUGGAACCGGUAAGAAGUGAUAUUAAAACAAAAAUAGCGCAAUCAAAACAAAAAGCUUACACUAUUGGAUUUCAAAUAAUACCAAGUAUAAGAAACGCUGUGCAAUAUUCACGUCAAAGUAGUUUAAUUUUAAAAAGGUUUAUUUUACAAAUGACUAAUGUUAUGAUAACGCUAUAUAGAUGUAUCCCAAUUAAUAAAAGAUAUCAUUAUACAAAAUCUAUACAGUUGUAUGACAGAAAUAUAGAAAGUGACAAAGCGUUUAGGAGAGAUAAUAUGGAGGAUGAGCCUGGAGAAAUAAGGAGGCCAAAACUUUCUGGAGCUAAAAUAGCUCAAAUAGAAGGGCUUAAACCGGCAGAACUCACAGACAGAAUGAAUGUUGUCAUAUCAGAGUUUCUACGAAAAUCUGGGAAGGAAGAAAUAACUGAGAAAAAGGAAUUCCAUCAUAAGCAGACAAGUUUUACAAAUAAAAUGACCGAUAAAGAAAAAUAUAUGAGUGAUACUUCUUUUAGGGAAAACACUUACGAUGAAAAUCAAACAAGAGAAGAAUUUCCGAAUGGUACUACUUUCAGAGAAAAUACUUUUUAUGAAAGUCAAGCAGGAGACGAUAUUUUGAAUGGGGGAAAUACUUUCAGAGAUCAAACUUUUGAUCAUAAAAAAAUGUUCGAAGAAACAUAUGAAACUAAAACUAAAUCAUUUGAAUUUCGGGAAAUGAAAGAAGAGAAACGUCAUACCGAAUCUAAAACUGAACGAUUUAAUGCAAACGUACCUUCUUAUAAAACUGAUGCAGCAACAAGGGAUAAUGUCACCGUCCCUUUGACCUAUAUUGCAAUAGUAGAAGCUCAUGUUUACACGAACAAAAAUGCAAUUUUUGAAGAACAAAUGAGGCGAAUGUCUGGAAGUAUGAAACAAACUGAGGUAAAGGAACCCGGUAUAAUCUUUUAUAGAUGUGAAGUAUCAGUAUUUUAUAGACACUUUAGGGAGCCAUCGUUACCACCAACUGUAGUCAUAGAAUCAAUAGAAGAAAUUCCAUCCGAGCAAGUAUUUGAAGAAGAAAAACAAGAAAUAUUACAGACAAGUUCAACUGUUUACGAAGAUAAUGCAAAGAAACUUGCAGUACAAAAGAUAUCAGAGGUCAUUGAGCCUUUACUCAGGAUUAAGGAAGUUAGAUCAGUUAAUAUCAAACAAGCUUAUCCUGCUCUUGAAAAACCACUUAAAUUCAUAUCUGAACAUACAAGUGUGACGAUGGAAAAAGAAGAAAGUAUUUUACAGGAAUCAAUGUUAUUAAGAGACAUAUCGCGUAUUUCAAUUGAAACACCAUUAAAGCCAGUCGUUGAAAUUUCAGAAAUAAAAGAAGAAGAAAAAAGAGGAUUUGUUGAGAUACUCGAAACUGAUGAGCAUAAACCAAAACCAAUUAUAGAACCAACAACAAAAUCUAUUGCUGAAACUACAGAAAUAUUUAUCGAGGAAGAAACCGUUGAAAUGGUUGAUGUCCCUCAGCCUAUCGCACAAUUACCACAACUUGUUAAGGUUGAAAGGCCCAUAAAAUCAGUUGCUGAAACUAUUGAAGUUAUCGUCGAUGAAGCCAAUGUAGAAAUAUUAGACGUGUCAAAAACAAUGAGUACAACACCGCGCUACACAAUUGCAGAUAAUCUGCGAACAAUCGCAGAAACUAUGAUCUCGAUCAUUGCAGAGCCGGAAAGUGAGAGCAUAAAAAAUAAGUCGAAAGUUACUGGAGAAAAAGUGAAAGUUGAGGUAGAUGAAAUAAUAGCAAGUGAGGAGUUCGAGGUGUUACCUGAAGAGCCAAUGUAUGAAGAAGUAACAAAAACUGAAACUGAAAAAUCUAUUUUAGUUUUACCUGAAAUAACCUUGAUAUCCGCAGAAGAACCUUUUAUUGAAGAAUUAGUCGUAGCUAAGUCACAGAGUAAAGAAGCUAAAGUUGAUGUUGAUGUAAAGAUUGUCGCUGAAAUAACUGAAGUAUCUCUUAGUGAAAGAGAACAAGAUAGUUUUGAUGUGGUGACACUUACUGCAAAGGAACCUGAAAAAUUAAAAGAAGAGACUUUAUUGUCCAUUGGGGAAACGCAAGCAAUUUUACCAUUUGAACCACUAGUAGAACCAUUUCAUGCAAAAAAAUUAAUUGAUCAAAAAGCUUCACUAACCUUUGAGGAAUCAAAGGCUACGGAAACAACUAUUAUUCAAGUUGAAGAACCAAAAUUAACAUUUCAAACAAAAGAAAACUUUAAACGACAAGCUCAUAUUGAAGUCAUGGAGAUGAAAACAGCAACAGUUACUUCUGUUUCUGUGGAGGAACCGAAUCAACAAAUUGUAGAAACACCUAAAGUUAGUGACAAAGAACCAAAUACAGCUAUGGGAGCAUCUCUUUUAACUGUCGCUGAAAGCACAAUAAUAUUACCAGAGGGGCCUCAUCAUGGUUAUCUGGAAAUUCCUAAUACUGAAAUAAAGCAACCAAAAACAUUAAUAGAAGGUGCCUUAAUUAUAGCUGAAACUUCAGAAGUAUCGCCUUCCAGUCCAGAAGCAGGUUAUAAUUUUAUUGAAACGAUAAAUCAACAAGCUUGUGUAAAAAUGGAAGAAUCUAAAGCAAUAAAAACAUCGCUUGUACAUCUCCAAGAACCAAAAGAAGAUAACUUGGACAUUCUCCAAUUCCUGGAAAAGAAACCACAAGCUUCAUUACAAGAUAGUUUAUUCACAGUACCCAUUACAGUAGAAAUAUUGCCUGCAGGACCAACAGAUGAGGAUUUCACAACACCAAAACCUGUAGAGGCAAAAGCAGACAUUGACAUUGAAGAACUUAAAACUGCUUCAGUAACGGUUGUUUCCGUUGAAGAACCUAAAAAUGAAACCAUAGAAAACUUUACAUAUACAGAAAAAGAGUUAGAAUCUUUGUUAGAAAAACCUAUAUUACAUGUUGCUGAAAAGUUUACAACUGUGCCUGAAGGACCAUUGUAUGAUAGGUUUGAACCCCCAGCAAUAACAUGCAAUAAAGCCAAUAUUAUUGUUGAGGAAAUUAAACCUCUUAUGAUUAGUAUUGUAACGCCUAAUGAACCUCGGGAAAUAGCUGUAGAUAUGCCAGAAGUAAAAUAUACAAAACCACAACCUUUAUUAGAAGACCAUUUUUUACCGGUUGUUGAGACAGUUUCAACUGUACCUGAGGAAUCCAAAAUUGAUACUUAUGUUAUAACUAAAACCAGAGAUGAAAAAGCUCAUAUUAACUUAGAGAUUUGUGAAACUGCGGAGACAACUAUAGUCACUAUCGAUGAACCAAAAGAAGUUAACUUUGAAGUGCUUAAAUUUGAAGAGAAGAAGCCAUUAUCUUCGACUGAAACUUGUUUAUUUAUGGCUCCUGUAAUCGUGGAAACUAUUCCCGAUGAACCUAAAGAUAGUUUCACUGUAGCUUUACUAAAAAGUGGGCAGGCUAAUGUAAGAAUAAGAGAAUUUAAAGGAACAGAUACAACUAUCAUAUAUCUUCAAGAGCCGAAAGAAGAAAACUUUACGUCUCCAAAUGUUGAGGCAAAGCAACAGCAGUCAGUAUUAGAGGGUAUUCAUUUAACAGCUGCUGAAACGUCACUAAUUUUACCAGCAGAAUCUACCACAUCCUUUGACGUAACAAAAACCACAAGCCUACUGGCAAACAUUAAAGUAAUAGAACAAAAAGCAGCUGAAGCUACUAUAAUGCUUCCACUAGAGUCAAAACAGGAUGUAAUUAUUCCAGAAAUUAUAGAGAAAACCCCUCAAACCUUGCUAGUAAGUCCUGUUCUGACUGCUGCCGAAAAUUAUAUUACUGUUUUUGAGGAAAAAGUAGAUGAACUCCGAGCAACUAUUACACCAGUAGCUCGAAAAGCUUCUGUCUAUUUAGAAGGACUAAAAGUCCCCCUUACUGCCAUACUUUCCGCAGAGGAACCAAUAAUAGUCUUUGAAGAUAAUGCGAUCAAUGUAAGACAAUCUAAAUUUAUUGCUAAACAAGCUAAAGUAAUGAUAGUUGAAACAACUGCAACAGCUAUUGCUAAUGUUAGAUCUGUCGUUGUUAGUGUUGCUAAAGAAGAAAUAGUGGACGUGAGUAAGUACACAGUUGAGCUAGCUGACGAACAUACAGAAAAAGACGCUGCUUUGAAAGUCUUAGUUGAUUUUGAAGAUAUUGACCUAAGUAGUGUCUCUUCUACGAUUUCGUCAGCUCCUUCAUCGCCUUUAAUUCAGGAAUACGUAUUUGGUAUUGCUACUGGUCAUGAAUAUAGGGUACAAUCCCCACAAGAGACAUCACUUGAUAUAAUAAAACGAACAAAGGAAUCAUAUAGAGUGGACAGUGCUGAUACAAGCUACACAUUAACUUUUGAAGCAGCCUAUGAGGAAGAGAAAGAAGUGCUACGCAUGGAAGAGUUCAGUGAUGUGAUUAAAAACAAGCAGUUUUGGAUAUCAGAUGUCAAAACUAUGGAGACAGUGGAGUCUUCAGAUGCAAGAAUACAAUUAAUGAAUGUGAGCAUAGGUGUUGAGGGCGAUGCUCGUAAAGGUCAAUCAAAAUCAUUAUAUGUUAAGGAUUCAACCGUAGAAGUUAAAAGCAGAUCUCCGUCAUAUGAUACAUCAGCUGAUUUUGAGGUUAGCUUACAGUCUUCAGAACAAUCUAAUGGUCAAAUUUCAGAUGUUCAAGUAGCUGCAACUCUAGAUCUAAAAUCAGAAGCAUCUUAUAAAACAAUGGAAGAUGUAGAGUCACAGGCGAAAGUAAACAUAAAAUCAAAAUCAGCAAAAGUAUAUACUGCACAAAGCGUAGAUGUUGCUUAUGGGUUAACUAUUGAAAAUGAAAUUUCUCAAGAUACUAACAUUGCAAAGUCAAGUACAAGACGAGUAAAAAAAGGAGCUAAAGGAAUGGUCUCAGAAUCAUCAGAAAUUGGUAUGGAAGCGAGCUAUAAUCAUGAAGCUGGUAUACAUCUCGAAUCAAGUAGUACUACAAAAGAAAGCUACGCUGCUAUGGAAGGAAGAUUAGAAUCGAGUACUAUUUCUGAAGCAAGCUAUUUAGCAAUGGAAGGACAACUUGAAUCGAGUAGAGUCUCCAAAGGAAGCUUUGCAUCUUCUGAAGCAAAUCUAGAGUCAAGUACACUGUCUGAAGCGAAUUACGUAGCAGUAAAAGGAAAAUUGGAAUCAAGCAGUGAUGCUGUUGAAGCAAGUAGUGUUUCUGAAUCUAGCUAUUCAGUAAAACAGGCAAGUAUUGAAUCCAAGUCAAAAACUAUUGGAAUGGAUGCAAGCCAGAAAAUGUCAAUGCAAAGAGGUUUUACUGAAACAACUCACGUGGAUACCAAAGCGGAUGGACAGCCUAAACUUACCUUAGAAAUAGGUUUGAAAGGUACCAAAACCCGUGCAGUAAACGAUGGCGUAAAAUCUCCAUCUCCAGAAGAUAUUCCAUCUUCUCCAUUAAGAGAUGUCUACAUAUUUAGACUACAUACACCAGCACCAGAAGAAACUACUUUUAUACCUCGUGAUUGCUCCUUCACUCCAGAAAGUAUACAUGAGGAGCCUAUUGUUCCAGUAAAGGGUAUGAUCCCUCGUAUUGAUACGAAAAUAGUAAGAGUUUUAUACAGUCCUCCUUUGGAUACCCCGCCCUCAUCUUCUUGGAGGAAAGCUGAACCGGUUUUUACUAAGCCAGGAUUGAAGGGUGGAUCGGAGACACCAAAGUUUACUAAGGAGGAAAUACUAGAAAUCGGUCGGAAAUCGGCUCUCCUUGCUUCAGCAAUUGACAAGACAAUCAGAAGCAUCGAAGAGUAUAAGGAAUCGGUCGGGAUCAGUAAUAAGAUGGGUGAUACAGAAGAAGAAGGGAAAAUAAACGAAAAAGAAACGACUACUGAAUCAUCCGGCGAAAGUAAAGGAGUUAAAAGUUUAGACGCAGAAGAAGAAAAGGCAAAACUAAUUACAGCUGACCAAUUAACUGGUAAAACACCACGUAAAAGUAUGCAAUUGUUGUCUAGAUUUUCACAAAUUAUGUGCGGUGCCAAGCUCGAAUUCGAAGAAGCAAACAUGGAGGCAAAGAGAAUAGCAACACAGCUUUUGAAAAGCGUUGAAAGUAUGGUCGAUCCUAAAGCACCGGUAGAACAGCAGUUGGCACAGUUGAAGGCUCAAAUGGCUGCACUGGCUGAGCUUCCGAACCUCAUUAAUCAAAAGCUGGAGUCCGUUAACAAACAGAUCAGUCAAAUCAGCGUUAAGGAAUCCGUGAAGAGUGAGGAUUCUCAAGAACAGCGACAAGUUGAAGUUCAGAAACGUCAAGAAGUGCAGAACACCCAGCAAUAUUACCAGCAGCACCACCAGCAGAAAUUCCAGCAGCAAAACCAAAACAGAAGCAUUAAUCAGAAGCAUUCCAUGGAAACGAAAGGGAUCGAGCCCUAUAGCGGGAACCUAGGCGGAAUCCAGAUCCGAGUGACCAAACCGAGUUUAACAGGAGAAGAACUAGAUGUGGUGAAGAGAGAGGAGUUGAGAAGAUCUCUAGAAGACUUGAGAAUGAGAAAGUCUGUCAGCCCCUCAAAGGACCAAAUGCUACAAGGAAACCAAAAUGACCAAAGAUCUGUACGCACUAAACCAACUCCUGCCUUCGGACCUGUGACCCAAGAGAGACCCCUGUACCUCCCCGGUGGAAGACGGUGGAAGUUGUCAAUGUCAGAUUACGAUGAGGACCAGAUUUCUGAAACCCUGGUUGGUCAGGCAGAGGUUAUUAAAGGAAAUGCGAUGGGGGUAAAUUUUAAAAAGUUCGAGAAACCACCCGUUGGUCUCGAGCACUUAAAGCACUCUGAAGUAUAUCGAGCUGUCCAUAACUUAGACGAUGAGCCCUUGGGGAAGGUCGCAAUGCUGCCAGCGCGACCAGCUAUGGCUGCCUCAGAGAUAAGAGAGCUUGAAGUUCUGGUGGACUUCGGCCCUAAGGCAGAAGCACAAUUAAUUGAUAAGACACUAAAUAGUCUUAAGUCUCAAGAAGGUGUAACACAGGCUUUAUAUAAAGAUGGCGCUGUGAUGGUGGAGACCACAUUGCCCAGUGCCGUUGUAUUGGACAUGAUAGCAAAGUCUUCUGGGAGGAGAGCUGUGUUACAAGGGUUCGGAGAAACCCAAUCAGCAGUGGCCAUGAUAUCGAGUCAGUCCUGCUGCAAGUCGCAGGUUUUAGGUGUGAUCAGGUUCCAGCAGUCACAAUCCGGGCCUCUAGUCGGGGACGGCAGCGUCCACGGCCUCGCCCCAGGGCCCCACGGCUUGCAUGUGAGACACACUGGAGACCUAAGUAUGGGUUGCGAGUCACUAGGGGAACAUUAUAACCCCCAUAGCGCACCCCACGGGGGACCAAACGACCCCGUGGACAAGAGACACGCAGGGGACCUCGGGAAUAUCAUCGCUGAUGAAGAAGGAAGGGCCACCUUCAGGAUUGUGGAUAAUUUAUUGCAGAUAAAUGAAAUAGUGGGAAGGUCAAUAGCUGUAACAGAACGCGCUGACGAUAUGGGUCUCGGUUCUACUCCGGCCUCCAAAGUUGACGGAGACUCCGGAACUCCUGUGGCAUGCGGCAUAAUCGCCAGAUCGGCGGGAAUAUUCCAGAAUCCAAAGAGGAUAUGCGCGUGCGACGGUGUGGUCGUGUGGGACGAGAGAGAUAGACCAUUAGCUGGGAAGGGGCGGAAAGAAAAGCCAUGCUGCGGGAAGGACGAAAAUGUCAAAAUGUGUUGUAAAGUUUAAUUUUACCUGUUAAAUAAAGUAUUGUUAUGUU